AUGAUCACGCAGACACCACGCGUCGACCCAACGAUCUCGGCUGCUCCGUCCACAAGUCGUCGGACGCUCAAUCAAGCGCCGAGAUCACCCAUCACGCCCAGCCGAUAUCGAUCGCCUCCUUCUCUCAACCAGCCAUUUCCAUCGACUCCCACCUCUCGCGGCACCUCGAUCGUUCAAACAACACAGGAUAGUUCGCCUUCCCACAGCUCCACUUCCAACUGGCAGGCUAGCAUCGAACUCUCGCUCACCACCCGACGUCGCCUCAUCCGCAAACCGCUACCUCCGAUUCCGUCAUCAAAGUUCAAUGAUGCUGACACGACGAACAGUGCUGACGAGAUGCUGGUGGACUCUGACGUCUUUGACGCACAAUACCAAAAGGCGGAGUCGUGGUGGCCAGAGGCUCUUCCCGACAAAAACAUGUCGGAUGCUGCUCCGCCCUCUUCUCAUCCCACAAAUCCGACCACCGCAUUGCAUCAAUCGUCGGAACAACAGACCAGCUCCAACGGCGGCCAGGGCCUCGACGAACAAAGCCUCCGUCAUCUCCUUACCGUUCUUCACUAUGCCGCACUUAAGCACAAGCCUGCCUCAUCUUCAUCUCAGGACGACGGCACCAUCGGUAGGAACGUCGUCAUAUCGGCAACAGGUACAUACAAGAAACAGUCCGCGUCCAACGCAGGUAAUACUGCCUCUGCUUGUACCGACACGGACGAACAAAGCCUCUAUAUCCUGGACGAAGCGACGCUAGACAGCCUCUACCGUGCAUUGCAAGCCGCCUUUCGUCACCUCUCCCAAAAGCAAGUGCUCGGCGCUUUGCAACGCACCGCUUCCAUCCGAUGGCGUGCCGAGGCGCAGCUCCGCAAUGCAACAGCAGCCCAAGCCGCGGAAACGAGCAGCGCUCUGUCGUCGCGCUGGGCUCGCUUUGCAUGGCCCGCCGCUGCUUUGGGCAAAGCAUACAAGGAAGCGCAGAGAAAUGUCGCUCACCCUCUCCCCGGAGAAUUCGCUUUCACUGGCUCCACUCCCGCGUCUCGUCUGCAAAUCAGCCCUGACUUUUAUGCUGGGCUCUACUCCGACCCGGAUCAUCGCAUCCGCAAAAGAGACGUCGCUGUCAAGAUCUUGAGCAACGCCGUCUGGUUCGUGCGCAAUUAUGGCCCAGUGGCUGGUGUUGAGACGCUUCAAGGCCCCAACGAGGAAGGGGACGUAAAGGAAGCUUCAAGACCGAUGGACGCUCUCGCACGGCCGCCGUUGUCUUCCAGUCGCCGUACGUCCGAGAACCUUCUCAAGAAGCACGCGGGACUUCCCAACUUUCUCUCCAAAUCGAGUGCCACGACAGCUCUCAGCGGCACGGCCACCCCCGAGAGCGGGCAAUCCGAGGCACCGCCCACGCCACUUUCGGAAGCGUCUGCGUCGAGUAGCUUCGCCCCGCAAGUAUCUCCUGCCACCGGAAACGAUCACGGCAACAUCCCCGCCAGCACCUCCAGCCAGCAGCUCCCGAGAUUACCCUCAACGACUGCCUUGCCUUCUGCAGAAAGCUAUUCGAUGUCUGAUCCCCAAACCGCUGCAGCUUCCUCGAGUGAUGCAGCAGCAAAUGCGACUGCAGCUGUGCAAGCCCAUGGCAAUGCAGCCGAGAAGAGCAAAGCGAUGGAGCACCUCGCUUCUCUCAGUGCCGCCGCAGGCGCUGCUAUGCGACAGAGGGCGCAACAGGCAGCAGAAGCCGCGGCUCUCAACGCCACCAAACCUGAAGACACCGUCGAUGCAGCUGUUGCCACCCCCAGCACAUUGCAUCCACGCUCGAGUCGACAAAGCUUGCGUUCGUUUGCUAGCCGCUCAGAAGCUGAAGCAGCUGAGACUGAUGCGCUCGAAAAGGCGGAGCGCGACUAUCUCGAUAAGAUCGGCCAGGGCUGCGACGAAUGGGCUAAGAUGGCCGUUUGUCGCAUGUGUGCGUCCAUCUCUGUAGCCGGCAAGCCGGCAAAGAGUCAUCGUCGCCGUUCUGGGACACUCACCGCCAGGGAUUUUGAGAAAGCUGCAGCAGCUGCAGGGGAGAUCGACGCGGGCUCCAGCAUAUCGACUCGUUCCGACAUGACGGCCAAGGCGGGCCGGGUGGGUCAUGCGAUUCCUCAGCAAGAAAGGCGCGACGUGUUAGUAAGCCCUCCAGAAGACCCGAAAGCUGAGCCCGUCGUAUGGGAACCGGAUGUCUUCGAUGGUGAAGAACUCUUUCUACACCACGGCGCUUCGCCGCAUGACCACAGACCCAGCGUUUCGCCUCGCGACGAGGAUGAGCGCAUCAGGCUCGUCGGCGGAAGCUUCGUCUGUCACGUCAGAACCGAGAAGCAGAGGCAGGCUUUGGUUGAGCUGCUGGAGAUUGCUCUCUACGUGGGCAUGUCGAUGCUGCUCGAGUCCAGCUUCUUGAGCGAUUCAGAUGCUGCUCGACCCAAGAUCGUCAAGGUGCCCACCCGAACCUCCUCGACGGUUGAUGCACCUACGCGAGGUACGAGCCUUGUCCAGCAGCCCAGCCUCUCUCGAACGAGCUCACAGCAGAGCCUCGAAAGCAACCAGAGAUCCGUCUCUGGCAGCAGCAGUACCAUGCAUACUUCGCACUUUACAGAUUCGGCUGGCCCAGCAGACGCAAACAUGCAUGAGAGUGAUUCGACUUACUCAAAGCCCGGUUCGAGGAAAUGGACAAAGAGCCUGUGGGGGAUGCUUGGACAGCAUCCGCACGGAUCCGCAGAGACUGGUGGCAUUCCGUCGACAGGGCGACCUGGAACCAGCAACGGUAAUGAGGCAGCAACUGCCACUGCCGCGCCACGGAAUUCGCUGACGAUGCACCGCUAUCAUACCGAAGAUGACACGCACAACCUUUCAGCUACAGCGGCCCGUAAGGCUCUGUUCAAAGCUGGAGAAGAACCGAAGCAAUCGAUCGCGGCCAGGAAGGCGGCGCUGUUUGCCAGUACGACCAACCUUUCUGCCCCACCCACGCCCCGUGGAGGUCGUGGUAGCACUGCCACUGCUGCUGCUGAUGCUGCGGGCCAAUCGAGCAACAAACAAAACCGCUUGGUAGGACGACUCAUGAAUGCAUUUGCAAGACAGUCAGCCUCGGAUGCGCCUCGCCAAGACCCUUCCGCGUCCAGUUCGGACUCGAAUGCGUUGCUGACAUCUCCCAGACCUGCUGUUUCGGGCGGGGUGCAUGCAACACCCGGUAUGGAGGCUGUCAAGUUGCGAUCUCGAGCACUAGCGGACCACAAACUACGCAUUCAAGGGAAACCGCAGCCGGUCUUUCCCGUACAAUGUCCGAGCCCAGCAGCGCUCACCACCUCUCCUGAGCUUGCCAUGCUCCUCUGCUACCAGUAUCGACCGGAUCCGCAGCAGGCCACUUUCCCAACCGCUGCAUAUUUGGCAGCUUUCCAUCGCUUGCAGCUCCUGCGCUUCUUGGCGGCUCAACGUCGAGAACACUCGACCUUCGCCUCACCUUCUCACGGCAUUUCCGCGUCCGGUGAUCUGCUGCCGUUCGUUGGCGUACAGACGCCAUCGUCGUCGUCCUCGCCAUGGAGUGUAAUCUUGUCGCGAGGCCACCACCAACAGCAGCAACAACAGCACCAGCUGCAUGAUCGCAGCUGCACAAACUCUGUCCAGCUCCUGUCCUACGAACUGCUCUCGAGUGACGGCUCAGCCUUGGGCCUUUGUCGCAAAGAGGUAGCCUUCUACCAGCGGCUGAGCAACAGCCGGGAUGUGCCGCUGGGCCAAGUCAUCGAGGAGCUUGGCAUUCGUGCUUGUGCUUUGGAGGCAGAUGGCGAUGCCGCGUCCAAGACGUCGCAAGACUCCCGCAUCGUCAGCGGUAGAAGCCAAAUCAACGGGAGCAAAGAGGGCGUGGGCGCUUCUCCAGGACAACGCGUCAACAGCGUGUAUGGCAUGCCUGAGCAACGCUUGCAGUUCAUCCAUGGAUCUUGCCGCAUUAAGAUUGUUGCCACCGUCUUGCCGGAACGAUUGUACGGGACUAAGGCUCAUGCGCAGCCAGAUGCAGAAGUGGAGACAGAAAAGAUUCUCAACGAUCGGACCUCAUCGAAAGGUAGCGCAGCUGCGUCGCUCUUGUUACAACCGACGAGAUCGCGCGAUUCUGACGUUUCCGCGAUCGCAGCUGCGUCGCAUACCAGCAAGGACGCAGCCAACACGGCUUUUGCUGUUGCCGAAACGGCGGUACAAGCCGCAGAGAGCGGUACAUCGCGCCCGCUGGUCGAUCAACACGGGAGCGGAAGCAACAGCGGCAUCUGGAUGUGGAAUGCAAGCGCAAAGAGCGGCUGGCAAGGUAAGGCGACGCCCAUGUCCGAAUCCUCCUACCUCCUCUCAUUUGCCCGCUACUUGGAAGCCAUCUCGUACCAUCCAGCUCUGCGUCGAGCCGCCGGGUUGGAGCCUACCGACGCCAAAGCAUACGGCGGUCUGUCCAACGUGCAGCAGCAGCUGCGUCAAGGCAGGAGCGAGGACAGUCGCAGCAUAGCAGAGGGUCCGAACCUGUUGCGCUUCUUCCGCAGCGGCCGUUCAUUGGUCAAAGUGCAGGUGCAACCUCUCAUCCUCUAUGAUCUGCAGAUCCAGGGACCGUGUCUCAAGACGAGUCGCGAGCGUCGACGGGAGAGGAAGCAGAAGCAGGCGCAGGCAGAGAAGCGGCGGCUCAAGCAGGUGUCGGAACAGACGCGACUCGAGGUUCAACGCUUCUUUGCGUCCGUCAAGAGCAACACGACCAAGCUGGAAGACGUGUUUGUGUCUCGCGAGCUCGAUGAGGCUGGCAAGACGAUCCGCAGAAAGUCGCCGGCACAGCACGCAGAGGCAAAUCCUAUCAAGGCAGGUGCCUUGGCUCCCGCCGCAUCUUCUCCCAGCUCCACCAUCUCGGAACAGGUCGCUGAGCCUCUAGCGUUGCUCACCAAUCUGCGCUCUUCGCUCCGUUCCGACGAAUUCGAGCUGUACGAGGCUCUGCAACGCACCAUCUUCCUUGACGGGAUCAAUGAUGUUCGCAAAGCGUUUGCCGACCGUGCCAAGUCGGCCAAGAACCGGCUUGCCGCGUGGACCAAGAAACAUCUCAGUAAAAAGGAGCAGGCUGACUUUGGAAGCUGCGUCUACGACGACCCCGAGUACUUUGAGGCAGGACGGCGUGCUUUCCCCGGCAGCAGCUUCAUCGUGCGUGACGACGAGCCCCUCUCCAUCAUUGCCUUUUCUCUCAGCUCUCGCGACUUCCGCGCCGAGAUGGGGACGCUGGCUGAUCGACAACAAGAGACGGCCGGAUACAUGGGCAGCAGCAACGAAGAGCACGUCAAGCAGUGGCGUAGCGGUGUUGUGGAUGGUGGCAGCGACGCGACGCCGAAUGGCUCGUACAUUUCCGCGUCUGGUGCCAGCACCGCGACAUCGGCAGCUUCGUCCCUAUUGCAAGAAAAACCUAUGCGCAAAGUGCCACUGGCGCAGCUCGAUCCGGAUAAAGACGAAGUCUUCUUCGAUGCCGAGCCCGUGCGCGCCGCGCUGAAACGCAAGAAGCGCGGACGAGAGUCGUCCAUCUUGUCGAUGACAUUGAGGCGCGUCGGUUCAACCAUCUCGGAAUCCCAGGGCGCCAGCUACCGUGCCAUGACCGCGAACGGGCGGCCGUCUUCUUCAACAACCGGAUCUAUCAAAGACCGGGACAGUGACGACGACGACGACGAUGAUGAUGAUGACGACGAUGCUAUCGAAGAUGACGAUGACGUAGACGAAGCUGGAAACCGCGAACGCAGCUCGGUCGUGGGCAGCUCUUUGGACGGUCAGGAUACAACGUUGGGGGCACCUCGCAUUGACACCACGCCGUCGAGACGGCCCUCGGCAACUUUCAUAGAUCAAAAGACGCCAUCGCCCUCGAAGCCGGGCAUGCGCGCUUCCGGCAGUGUGUCGGCGCUUCGACGAACAUUCGAAUUACGUUCUCAAUCCUCGUUCUCAUCGAUUCCGGACAGGAAGUCCUCGAUUCUUCAGCAGCAGCCGCACCAGCAGCCUCAGCAGCGCCCUGGCCAGUCCGUGGGCUCAGGCACGAUCACCUCCACAAGUACCGACACCACUUUCCAGGCGCAGAUUAUGCCCGUUUCGGGUCGCCCUGCGUCGCUCGCCAGCAUCUUUUCGUCCGACGAUCCAAGUCUUGAAUCGCGUUUCAGUGGCGGCUCACGUCGCAUAUCUGCAUCAGCCACACCGACAUCAAUCCCUCGUUCUGUCUCGAAAAGCCGCCCUUCCUCCUCGAUGGCGUCCGACUCAUUACGUAUCACGGAGAAUGCCCGAAUGUCAACUGCAUCUCCUGCUGCUGCGAACGACAACAACAAACCGCAUCGGUCGGCGACCCAGCCUCCGUCCACGAGCGAGGGCGGUGUUCCAGGUGCAGAUGCGCAGUCUUUGAUCUCAAACAGCACUCUACCGGGCUCUCACGCCGCAGAAUCGCCACACAUCAAGCAUAACCUGAUCCACGGCAGCACCAAAAUCUCUUGUGUCUCGUGGUUUGCCGAAGAAUUUGCGGCGCUGCGAGAGAGAUGGGGGGUCGAGCACGACUACGUUCAAAGCCUUUCGCGCUGUCAACCCUGGGUCGCGACCGGAGGCAAGUCCAAGUCGGCAUUCUUCAAGACGACCGAUGAGCGUUUCAUCGCCAAGCAGCUGCUGACGGUGUGGAGCGUCGACGAGAAGGAGGCUUUUUUGGAAUUUGCUCCAGCAUACAUUCGCUACAUGAUGAAUUCGGCCGUCAACGACUGUCCGACGCUGCUCGUCAAGAUUGCAGGUGUCUACAGCAUCAAGAUCAAAGACAUCAAGUCGGGCGAGACCAAGCUCAAGAUGAGCGUGAUGCUGCUCGAGAAUCUGUGGGCGGGCGAUGGAGGCAAGUCGGUGCGGUUCGAUCUCAAGGGCAUCCGAGAUCGCAGGGUGAAGCUGAGCGCACAGCAGCAGCAGAACCUGCAGCAGACAGCGACCAACGCAGCGACCAGCGGCCAGCCAUUUGUCGAAGUUCCCGGUGCGACCAAGGGAACACCAGCACAAGGGCCUAUGACGGCUGCUUUGAAUGCCGGCGUGCUUUCGGUCGCAGCUAGCGAAGCAUCGACGGCGGACCGCGCCGCCUCGGUCACUGCAGUUGAGGACGACGGUAACAGUGCGCAGACAAGCCCAAGUCGGGCCGGCGAUGGUAGCAAGAAGACAGGAGAAGCUACAGCUGUAGCAGCAGAUGCCAACAGUCCCUCCUCGUCAACCGGAUCGAGCGCUGUUUGGUGGGAUAGCGAAUGGAUCGAACGAUAUCGUCACCGUGCGUUCGUUCCCGAGACUCAGAAGGAGCUCUUCCACCGUGCUCUGCAAAACGAUACGCAAUUCUUGACAGCUUCCAACGUGAUGGACUAUUCGCUGCUGCUCGGUGUCAUGGAGCGACCUGUUCGACAGGACGACCUGUAUCCGCCCGCUGCGCCUACAAUCGGCAGCGACAUUGCACCGGAGGCCACCUCACCAAGCCAUGAAGCAGCUGAUCUAGAGGAAGUGACGGAACGACCCUCGUUCCGCUGCCGGAUUGUCGACUUUCUCGGCGCGUUCACACUGGCCAAGCAGCUGGAAUCGAGCUCAAAAAAGGCGCUCAAGGGCCAAGACGCCAAGGGCAACGUGACGAUUCUGCCACCGUCUGAAUAUGCGAGUCGAUUCCUGUCGGCGAUGGACAGCUAUUUCAUCGGCACGCCGUGUCAGCCUCGGCUGGAUGCGAGCUAUGGCUUCGACCGCAUGUGCGAGGAGGUGGCUGCGAGUGCGACUGAGGCGGAUGGCGAAGAGGGAUAUAUGGGAGAGGAAGUGUUGCGUCCUCGACUAGCUUCUGUUUUGUAA